ACUCUAAUCAUCAACUUUAUAUAGCUCCGGAAAACCUGAAUUUCGAAACUGACCUCUUUCACUGUAAAAUUUUACUUACAUUUUCAAAUUACGAAGAUUAAGUAAGAUCUAAUUAGUUGCUCAGCUCCGGCGGGAUCCUCAUUUCAUUGAUCUCUCUUAAAUUCAACGGAUGCAACUCUAGGAUUCGUGUGACAGUCCGAUUUGUGCGGAAGGUUCUAAUAUGUUAAAUAUAGGUUUGCAUAGUUUUACGAAUGAUGUGUAAUGCGAAUUGAUAGAGAAUAUGGAUGAAUAUAAUCGGAAUUCAGGUAGACAGACAUCAAGGCCGGUGGUGAAGUCUAUAUUAUCAGGUAAAGCGUCAUCACCUAGAGGCUCUCCUUCCUUUAGAAGAUUAAAUUCUAGUCGGACGCCUAGAAGGGAUGGGAGAGGUGGUGGAUUUGGAGGUGGAUUUAGUACUAAUUGUUUUAGGAGUAACCGUAUAGUGCUUUGGUUGCUUUUGAUCACGCUUUGGGCUUAUGCCGGGUUUUAUAUCCAGUCAAGGUGGGCUCAUGGUGACAACAAGGAGGGGAUUUUCGGAGGAAAUGAUGAAGGUGAUGAGAGUUCGGAGUCUGAACAAGUUUAUAGGAGGGAUUUGAGUGCGAGUAAUGAUUCAUUGACGGAUGAAGUUGUGAUCAACGUCAAUCGGUCUGAUGUAAAUAAGAUUGAUGUGGUGUUGACCAAGAAUGGAAGUGGUGGUGUUUCACAUAGCAUCGUGACUAUAAAGAAAAAAAGCAAAAGGUCAAGACGUUCUCGUUCAAAACGUGGGAAUCAAAAGAAGGUUUUGGAAACUGUUCGCAGUAAUGAUGUUGAUAUCCAACAAGAAGAAAUUCCACAGACGAACGCUACUUAUGGGAUGCUAGUUGGUCCAUUUGGUUCAAUAGAAGAUAGUGUUUUAGAAUGGAGUCCUGGGAAGCGAUCAGGAACUUGUGAUAGGAAGAGUCAGUUUGCUCGUCUGGUAUGGUCUCGAAAAUUUGUUUUGAUAUUUCACGAGCUUUCAAUGACUGGAGCUCCACUUUCAAUGAUGGAGUUGGCAUCAGAGCUUUUGAGCUGUGGGGCCACAGUUUCAGUAGUUGCUCUUAGCAGACGGGGUGGAUUGCUUCCAGAACUUGCGAGAAAAAAGAUCAAAGUUCUUGAGGAUAAAGAUAAGCUCAGUUUCAAAGCUGCCAUGAAAGCAGAUCUUGUCAUUGCAGGUUCAGCUGUCUGCGCAUCAUGGAUUGAACAAUAUCUUGACCACUCAGUGGCUGGGACACGUCAACUUGUAUGGUGGAUCAUGGAGAACAGACGGGAGUAUUUUGAUCGCUCUAAGCUUGUUCUAAAUCGAGUAAAAAUGUUGGUAUUCCUUUCUGAAUCUCAAUCUAAACAAUGGCUAGCUUGGUGUGAAGAAGAAAAUAUUAAAUUCAAAUCUGCACCUUCUUUAAUUCCCCUCUCUGUCAAUGAUGAACUAGCUUUUGUAGCUGCCAUAUCUUGUUCCCUAAAUACCCCUUCAUUCAGCACUGAGAAAAUGCUGGAAAAACGAUUGCUAUUGAGAAAAGCAGUCAGAAAAGAAAUGGGACUUAAAGAUAGUGAUAUGCUCGUCAUAACGUUAAGCAGUAUAAACCCAGGAAAGGGCCAUUUUCUGCUUCUUGAAUCAGUAAAUUUGGCCAGUGAAAGAAAACUAGGAGGAUUGGUUGAUGCUGGUGAAGGUUCAAGAAAAAUGUUGAGGGGGAGUGAAGAGAAGCAACACCAAGAUAUCAAGCUUCUAAUUGGUUCAGUUGGUUCAAAGAGCAAUAAGGUGGUUUAUGUUAAGGGGCUACUUAGUUUCUUAGCUAAUCACUCAGACUUGCCAAAAUCAGUGCUGUGGACUCCGGCAUCAACACGUGUUGCCUCAAUUUACUCGGCAGCAGAUGUCUACGUUAUAAAUUCCCAGGGGAUUGGAGAAACAUUUGGAAGAGUUACUAUUGAAGCUAUGGCAUUCGGUAUUCCAGUGCUGGGAACAGAUGCAGGAGGAACGAAAGAGAUUGUGGAACACAAUGUGACAGGUCUUCUACAUCCCAUAGGACAUCAAGGAACGCCGGUUCUUUCCAAAAACCUUCAAUAUUUUCUCAAAAACCCAUCAGAACGACAACGUAUGGGACUCGAAGGGAGAGAAAAAGUGAAGAAAAUGUACUUGAAAAAGCACAUGUACAGGAUUUUUUGGCAGGUUCUUUACAACACCAUGAAAGUAAAGUAAAUUUGCUUACUGCUGCUCAUGAUUUUCGUUUCAUCACGGGGAAAUGAUGGCUGCAGUAAAGCAACCUCCGUACAAACAUGUUUCGUUUCAUUAUAGUAUUUAUUUCCCUUUUUGGGUUCUUUCGUACUUUAUAAGCUAUUCACAAGUUCUUUUUAAUUUAAGUUUUGUGAGUUAAAAGAAUAAUAGAAAGGUAUUUCACUAUCAAA